AUGAGCUUACAGAAAGUUCAGACAGUUGAGGAUGGCAGACAGACUUUUCUGCCCCCACCACACAGCAUCAUAGGCAAAAUCAGUCAGAAACAGACUGUACUAGCCAGUACCUGCAGCCAAAAGCUGACGAUAAGGCAAGCUAGGGCUCGCUAUAACUUGGUUUCCAAGGACUUACUGACUCAUGCUCAGGGCAUCUACAGUGAGAAUAUGUCAACUUUCCAGGUGGUGCAUGUCCACUUGGAGGACACAGGGAUACAUAAUGCCAACAUAACAGAUGAAGAACAAGAAAGUUCCUGGGAAAAGGGUACCUCCCUGUCAUCAUCUGUGCAGUAUAGAGGUCAAAUUAAAAGUAGAGCUGCCUUUACUGGGACUACUGAAGCUCAGAAAAUUAGGAAAGACACUGGGAAGUUCCUAGAGGAGAAGCUGGGGCAUAGGCAUGGGAUAGAUAUCACCUGUCCCCAAGAGCCCCUUGUCUUCCCAGUGGAGCUUGGGAAAGCUCAGCACAACCUAGAAGUGCAGGUCAGAGCAGCGCCUGUACAGGGCUAUCCCUGUAACUACAUGGCUCCCUCCUGCAAACUGAUAUGUACAAAAUCGUGCAGCCAACAAGCUAUCUUUGUUGGCCAGAAUUAUCCUACAAUGAUUAGACAGAUCAUAGACAAGGACAGACAGCCCCAGAAAGUUGAGGCAUUUAAGGGGAAGAUAUUGUGUCAAAGGCAUCCCCAAUCCAUGCCCCACAGGAAGCCUAUGCCACAUCCAAACCCCACUUGCCAGUAUCAUGUCAGCCUGGUGUGUCCAGUCGUCCCGACCAGUGCUAAAAGCACUGUGUUCAGUGAUGUGCCUUUACUAACUGGACAGAAAAUGCUUCCAAAGCAUUUCCAGGGAGGAAAAUUUCCCCCCACAAUAAUUCACUUCUUGUUGAGAAUCUUGAUUCUCCCCAAUAAAUAUUCUAAUAAGAAUAAUAUUUUCUCUGUGUAUUGUGUUGGGGGGUAUAGGUUUUGGGUAACACAAGCUUGUGGUUAG